AUGAAAAAUAACAUGAUACAAACCAAUUGUUGUGAGUUAAUGGAAAUUUUUGAAACAGCCAUUAAUAGAAUUGAGGAAAUGGUUAAUGGAAUUCUGAUUAGCAAUCAAGAAAAAACUAUCGAGAUUUCAACCCCAAUGAAAGUUGAGGCUGAAAAACAGAUGAUAUUGGUCUGUAAAAGAGGAGCAGAAUGUUUUUCUUUUUUGUUGGCUGACAAAUUAUACAAAGAAGAUAGGUUCUACAAGCAAGAACAGAAAGUCAAAAUAAUAAAAAAAGAGUGGGAAAACGGAAUAGUUUUGAAAGAAGAAUUAGUUAAGGAAUUAUAUUUACCCAAAAUAGAUUUAGACUGGGAAGAACACAAAAUCAAAUCCAUCACUUUACAAGGUGAUAACUUAUUAAUCGAAUACCAAGAUUCUAAAAAAGAAACCAAACCAGUCAGCAGUAGUCAAGAACUCCAAAAAGUUAAAUCUCAUUUAGGAAAAAUAGGAAAAAAUAAUCUUUCUUUAUCUGACUUAGAACAAGGCAGUAAUCCCUCCAAUUCUCCCAAUAAAUCCAGCAAACUUCCCCUUUAUAUUGGAUUAGCAGUAGUCGGAAUAUUAGUGGAGGAGAAAGAGAAAGGAUUUGCUCCAGAUGUAGAAGACUUCAAAUUAAGAGAGGAAAAUAGAAAGUUAAAGGAGAAGAUAAAGGAAUUAAUGGCAAAACUUGAUGAAUUAUUACAAAAGAAAGAAAAAAAAUUAGACCAGGAAGAAAAUUCAUUAAGCGAAAAACUAAACAAAAACCUAGAAAGAAUUUUAAAAAAGCAUAAAUCUCCCUGA